ACAUUGUACUGAGAUCAUAAUAACCACUCUGAAGCGCACUGCGCUCAAGUUGAAGGCAACUGCCGUUAGUACCGCUCAGGGAUAGAACAAAGCAAGCCUGUUCCGAAAACGGAAAACUAAAAUGCAUCAAUAAAUCGCUUGAAGACACCCAACUCUCAAGUUUGAACUGGUUUCGUUUUGAUAUUUUGAGUUAAUAUUUGGGCACAGUGCGAAAGCCAAGCACAUCGGGAAAUCAUGCACUGUCAAGCCGAGUUGAGACUCUCCUCCCCGGGACAGCCGAAAGCAGCCAGGCGUCGCUACAAGACUUUUAUGAUUGACGAAAUUCUUUCCAAGGAAACUUGUGAUUACUUUGAGAAACUUUCUCUUUACUCAGUAUGCCCUUCACUCAUCGUUAGGCCUAAACCUCUGCACUCAUAUUCGGGGUCCUCCUCACUGCGGGCCUACCCCCUCCUCUCAGUCAUCACGCGGCAGCCCCCCAACCUGCCCCCUCACCUUUCCCAGCCCUCCUCCCCCGGCCAGGUUCCCAAUCUGACCCUGCUCUCCCCCCAGCACCACUCCCGGGUCUCCGAGCCCUCCCACAGCGAGACACCUGUCAGCAUCAGCAGCGAGUCAGACACGGAGCACAGUACCCCCCGGCUGAAGAAACCCAGACGCAGCCGCACCAUCUUCACUGAGCUGCAGCUCAUGGGCCUAGAGAAGAAGUUCCAGAAACAGAAGUACCUCUCCACCCCUGAUAGACUAGACCUGGCCCAGUCCCUCGGCCUCACACAACUUCAAGUGAAGACCUGGUACCAGAACAGAAGGAUGAAGUGGAAGAAAAUGGUGCUGAAGGGCGGACAGGAGGCCCCCACCAAGCCCAAGGGCAGGCCCAAGAAGAACUCCAUCCCCACCACCGAGGAGAUAGAGGCAGAGGAAAGGCUGGCCAGGCUGGCUGAGGAUGAGAGGAUGAGGAUCGCAGCCGAAGAGGCUUUGGCCCACGGAAAAGCUUCCCAAUCGGAACCCCAGAACCUCAGCACGGUCGCCGGGGCAACAGAGACCCACAAUCCCACGGCGGUGAGCGAGGGUCAAGUUCAGCGAGAGCAGCCACUCCCAAUGCAGUCAGAGACAUACGCCACCAGCUAAAUAAGACAAUUAUUAAUGUAUGAAUGAAACAGCUAAAGACUGGUGCUGACUGGAAUACAGAAACACUUACUGUCGUGGCUCAGGAUCGCUGAAAAAAGCCUGUCUGGUGUAGAUUAUUCAGUCGUGUUUGAGGUUUGACUGUACUGGAUGACAUUCAUAGGUAGAUCAUUUGGGUUUUGCCAUAUCACUUCCGCCGUAUACUGGAAUGAAACGAGUUUACAUAUAGUGUCAGGCAUAUACAGUACAUAGAAAUGAAAAAUCCAGAAUUGUACAGUGCAUUUUGUCCCUGUGUCAACAGUAUCACCUCCCAGCCUCAAACCUGCUUGUUCUACUGCAAGAGGACUCCUUUAGUCACAUGCUAUACAGUUUGCCUGAGUAUUGUGUUUAUAACAUAACAUGAAAUGACCACACUGGUCAUGGUGCCUAUUUCUCUCAGAGGAUAUCACAAGUUUUAUCAGUCUAGAAACACCAAGGUUUAUUAAUAAUAAAUUAAGUGUUAUUUUACAGUGUUUCACUUUUGCUUAUUAAAAAUAAUACAUAAUUACUAUAUGCUCUGGAAUACAGUUAACACUGCCGUUGUACCUGUUCUGUACAGCUUUGAACUAAAUUGUAUUUCUGUCCCAGAGCCACAGCAUCGUCUCGUUUAAUUGUUCAAUUAACUUAUGUUCCUAUUGCAUUUGAUGUUUCCAAAACAAUAUAUUUCAAUUUGUAUCUAUAAAGACAUGCACUGUAACAUACUGUAGCAAUAUUCUGGAAAGAAAAAUAUAGAGUAUAUGUAAAUUAUUAUAUUUUCAUUUGGAGAAAAAUAAGGUGUAUCGAAUCCUUUACCUUUCUCUUUUGACUCUGGGGCAGAAUGAUUUUACUGCCAUGAGGGAAGCCUCUUAAGCUGUCAGAGACUGUAGAAUUGAAUAAAUCACAGCCUGUGCCAAAGAAACGAGGAAACUGCCAAACAUUUAAAAUCUUUUAGAGAGGUUCUCAGCCCGCAGGCCUUUGCAUCAAAGGAGCACUCCUCCAACUCUGCCUUACAGACUCCCCACAUAAAACUGUCUUCAGCUGCUUGUCAACACUUUGAUUUUCCGCUUUGGCCUCCUGUUCUUUCCUUCCAAAGAUGUCUAUUUGUAAAGAGUUCCUUUUUUAAAACAAAAAUUCUAUUUUUAGUUUGAUAUAAACUAGUACAGUAUUUUUCUGAUGUAAAUAAUGCUUGUUAGAAAGCUACUGAAUAGUUCUUUUUGCAUGAACAACCAAAUGCUCAUUGUUCUGUAUGUUGUUAUUUUUACCAUGUGUUUUGUGCUUUUAAAUGAACGUAAUAAAAUGGCAAUCAUUUCCAUAUGAAUGAUGAAAGUCCACCAUUAUUAUUAUUAUCAUAUGAAUUACUAUUUUAAAAACAUUAAAUACCAGACCACAAG